UACGUCUGUUUAGCACGAAAAAAAUGCUUGUUGGAGCAUUUUCGGAACUGCAAUUAACAAGGCGCAUUUCCUUCAACGACGACCGAAAAAAGAUGCGAAAUCAAAAACGUGAAAUGAAUAUUUAACGAAUGUCCUUCUACAAAAAUCCGGUUAUUCGUACGUGUACAUGAAUGAAUGCAUUAAGUCUGCAGAUUGACAAGUUUCUUUUAAGAAUGAAUAUUGCUUGAAAAUAAAAAUUUGAAAGCCAUGGAAGAUUUGGACAACUUUGAUGUACAUCCUCUUUCUCUUUCUGAAAUUCUGAAAAAAAAUUCUGAUUACUUGAAUGAAGAAAAUGAUCCAGUCAAGUUUAAAGGCAAAAUUUCAAAUAUAUUUUCCUUGUCUAUGGGGCUUAAGAGACAAUCUAAGAAUAAACUUAAAAAAACAGUUACACCACCAUUAUUGCAAUGGAAGUUAGCUGCAGAAAAAGCAUUGCAUAUGGAUGAUCCAUGGGCUAUUUUUCAUCUUGACGAAUUAGAAACGGAAACUGCAAAACGUUAUCGUUACAAUGCUUUGAAUCAAGAUUGGUUGGAGGAUAUUAUAAAAGUGAAAAUUGCCAAAGAGCCCUUUGGACAUGGUGCCAUGAGACAGUGCUAUAGAUUGAAAAAAUUACCAACAUUUGGACACCACAGUUGGGAAAAUGCUGCGAAUUUUGUUGCAAAAUGUUACAUGGAAAAUGUUAAUAGAGAUAUAUAUUUUGAAGAUGUUAAGCUUCAGAUGGAUGCUAAACUGUGGGGAGAAGAAUAUAAUCGACAUAAUCCACCCAAGAAAGUAGAUAUAUUUCAAAUGUGUGUAAUUGAAUUUGUGGAUAGACCAGGAAAACCUUUAUAUCACUUAGAAAGAUAUAUUGAUGGCAAAUAUAUAAAGUACAAUUCAAAUUCUGGGUAUAUUAGCUGUGAAAAUCUUCGUUUAACUCCACAGGCAUUCAGUCACUUUACAUUUGAACGAUCUGGUCAUCAGUUAAUGGUCGUGGACAUUCAGGGAGUCGGCGAUCUCUACACUGAUCCUCAGAUUCACACCGCUUCGGGUCGAAAUUAUGGAGAUGGAAAUCUCGGAGUGAAGGGAAUGGCUCUGUUUUUCCAUUCUCAUCUCUGUAAUAAGAUAUGUGAAAGUCUAGGACUCACUCCAUUUGAUUUAUCUCCCACCGAAUUAGCUGAACAUAACAGAAUUGCACAGUUACAGAAAUCUUGUACAACUGUAAUACGUGGAAAAGAAGAAUUGUGUUUGUCUCCUUCUGAAUACGAACGUUCUCAUUUGAUUGAGAUGUUUCGAACUAGAACUUACUCGUCGAAUAGUAUAACUCCACCUUCGUCGGAAUCAAAAAAUUUUAAUCGUAAUUUAAGUAACGAUAGUGGAAAUCCUAAUUCUCCCUUUGAUAUGGAAAGUUUAGAAAAUGGAAAGUUUCCAAUUGUUUUAAAUGAAGAUGAUUCAGGAAUUGGAUCUCAUAGGAAAGAGAGUUUGUGUCAUGAAAAUGGAUCUACAUCAGAUUACAUAGAUGUAGAUUUUAAAGAAUUGGUUAUGCGUAAAUCUCGACCUUCAUGUGUUCAUCAUGAAAUGCAAUUACGAAGAGAUUUGUCUACCAAUGGAAAAAGAUGUUUUGAAUAUUCUGUUUUAGGACAAAUUCACUUAGAACUUAGUAAAUAUCAUGCUCUUGGACGUUUUAUUCCAGAAGAUGAAGAGGUGUAUGAUCACGAAGCUGCACUAUAUCACUUAGAACAUGCUGCUAAUUGUGGAAAUAUAGAGGCUCUUGUGACAAUGGCUCAUAUUUACUUGCAGCUUCCUCAUAAUCUUCUUACUGAAAUAUCGGUUCCGAAUAAUAAGGAAGACUUUGAAAAAGGUAUGAAUUGGAUGAAAGAAGCAGCUUGUGCCGGAGAUCGUUCUGCCAUGAUAUAUUUAGCACGUGCAUUUGAUAUGGGAACUUUUAAUGGGAUGGAGUGGAAAUUAUCCUGGAANUUUUAA